AUGGCCAGCUGGCUCAUCUCGUCGCUUCUGACCGCCGCCAGCCUAGCAUUGCUGGUGUUGCCGAUCGACGCCUCGCCCUCGCCGGCGCACCUUCGAUCGUCGAUAACAUUCAGAGACAACAGCAGCACCGUCCCGGUUGUCAGAGUAUUGAACGGCUCAAGGCGCCCUUGCUUCACCGUCUCGCAACCUCUGAAUUCGUCUUGGGAGGGCGUGCGGAAUGCCACCGCCUAUCCGAAGCACUGCAUCGGCUACGGCGGUGACAAUGUCGGAUACGAGCUCUCCGAGGACUGCCUGUACCUCAACGUCCUCGACGACCUGCACCGGGCGCUCAACAGCAUCACCACCACCGCCGUCGACGGCGUCCCCCUCGCCCACCGGUUCCCGCCCAUCCUGGACGGCGACUUCGUCGCCGACUACCCGUCCAAGCAGCUGCGCGAGGGCGCUUCCCCCGAGUGCGCGCGCUGA